AUGAAGAAGAGAAAAUUUCAGUUUCACCUCAACAUCAAGAAAAGAAUCCUCUGGCGAAUUUCGAUCCUACGUCGUUGCAUGCGCUCGGUUAUAAGCCGCUUUCGAGCCUGUUGUUGGGUCGCCAGGUCAGCCGUUCGAUACCGCCACCUAUUGCCUCAGCCAAGGCCCAACAAUCACGGGCCGGCCCAAGCCCAUGUCGAAAAUCCUGGCCGGAGGGACUCGUUUUCAGAUUUAGUUUCACUCAAGAUUGGCCUCUUGGCGACUCCCACAUUGGAAAAACAAGCUUUUUGUGUGAUUCAAUGGUAUCAAGAAGCCAGAAAAUGGAAUCAGGCAAGAGCAUAUGCAAAGGCUAUGAAGGGGACAUUAUUUUUCUCGAGCGCGACUUACAACAUUAAUGUGAAUAAGAUCUUCAAAUUCGUCACGGCUAAGCUCUUCAAUCUCAGCUGGAAUUUGGAGCGUAAUCUCAAUAUUGGAGAACCAAUUAUCGAUUUCUAG